GAGAGAGGGAUAUAGAGAGUGGAGGCUGCGUGUUCGUUUCACCUCCUAAUCAGUUUUCCUGGGGGAUCUAUCAUCAGCUGCAGCAGGAGGAGACAAGUAGGAAAAGCGGAAGAAGGAAGACAGACGCAUUCACCCGGGCUGUAAUCUUCUCCCAUCACCCAGUUUGAGCCUCAUACAAAUGACAGAAAUGGAAGCCCCCCUCGCCACCCCGUGCAACAUCCAGAUUUGCGAGGUGACCUGCGACUCCUUCCGCAUUGUGUGGGACAUGCCCCCCGAGGACACCGCCAGAGCCACGCACUUCUUCAUCGACCUGAGCCGCAAAGAGAGCAGGGAUCCCAACCGCUUUAAACACAGGGAUGUGCCGACCAAGCUGGUGGCCAAGGCCGUGCCUCUCCCCAUGGCAGUGAGGGGACACUGGUUCCUCAGCCCGAGGACAGAGUACUGUGUCGCUGUCCAAACUGCUGUCCGACAGCCAGACGGCGACUACCUGGUGUCAGAGUGGAGCCAGGUGGUGGAGUUCUGCACCGGGGACUAUGCCAUGGAACACCUGCAGCAGCUUCUUGACAAGGCCAAGGUCUCAGCAGGGAGGCUGCUCAAAUUCUCUGUGUUUUAUCGAAACCAGCACCCAGAAUACUUCGACUAUGUCAGGAGGGAGUGUGGCAGCCUGAUGCGUCCAGCCCUAAAAGACUGCAGUGGGAGUCACGGCUCUCCCAUCAACGGCAAACUGCAGGGAGUCUUCUUCAGCUGCAACACAGAGUUCGACACGGGCCUCCCUCCCAGAGACUCCCCGUACGGCCCCCUGCGUUUCCAGAUCCCAGCCGGACACCUGCUGAACCCCAACAUCAGCCUGUACUUUGCAGACUUCUACUGUAUGUACACAGCCUACCACUACGUGGUGCUGGUGCUGGCCCCCGUCGGCUCAGAGGGAGACACCUUCUGCCGCACCCGUCUCCCCAUGCUGGACUUGGCCUCCAACCCCUUUCUGACGUACGCUGACCCCCAGAGGCCGGGGGAGGAGCCUCUGUUCUGCCACGCCAGUGACGUCAUCCUCGAGGUGCUUUUCACAGAGCCGGUUCACCUGGAUCAGGGCAGUGUGGAGCAGAUCAGCGGACACCACCAGCUCAAGAGUCUGACCACAGCCAACGCCAAGAAGGACCCGAGCUGCAAAGUGUGCAACAUCAGUGUGGGACGCUGAUCUGGGGGGGGGGGCGCGUGUGAGCACACAGUACUGAUAGAGUGUAGCACAGGACAAAACAGUUGAGCCCAUCAUGUGUAGGUCAGAGAUCAGCGGAAACCUCUCAGGGUGUGCACGUGCUGCUGACCCUCUUCCCCCCCCGCGUGGAUUAGAAUAGUACGUUUAAAAUAGAAGACUUUUACAGUGUGUGUCGCAGGACUUCAUCAUGAUCACAGCUGGAAAUACAGCACACCUCCAUCCAUGACUAAACUAAAGACAUGAUAGGCUUCAGAAGACUGGACUAAAUCCCCGCUCCUUCUCCAGCUGAGAGUCGUCUCUGCUGUCUUUCGUCUUUGUGGCUUUUUCUGAACUUCCGACCUCCAAACCUUUGGAGAUGUUUUCCUUAAAAUGUGUUUGAUUUAAUUUUUGUGUUUCAUGCUGGACUACUCAUCGGAUGUGAUUUUUUUGUUUGUUUUUUUUUGUUGAAGAAAUGUGCAUUUGAUACAGGCUGCAAGUGCAAAAACUCGGAGCAUGCACCUUUUAAAAGUCAGUGGAUUUAAAAAAUAUAAGAUAUUUUGCUAUUUAAAGUUCUUGCGAUGCUCUCUUUAUAAAUCACUGCCAGAUGUUCUUUUCUUAAAAAAAAAAAGACUUCUGCCAAAUGUACAGGAUUAAUGCUGCAUUGUGGGUUUGACUUACAGCCCUGCCAAAAAACAUAAUGCUUCUUAAAAAACUGUAGAGUUCUGUUUCCGAAUUUAUCAUAAUACUUAAUUACACACAGUGUCUAAAUGCUGCACAAAACUCUCACCACAGAAAAAUAUGCUGCAAUGUGACUUUGAUAGCAGGGCUAGUCAGUGUUUUGGGAUUUCGGGAAGGUAAUGGGCGAGAUGUUAUCACAAAGUUCCCUGCAAUCAGUCUGUGGCAGCGACUCUAUAAACAGAGCUGCGCUAAGAUUAGCUUCUC